UCAUCCAAACAUCGGGAAUCCUCCACCAAAAUUGUUGCCCCAUUGAUUAGAAGAACCCCACUGAUUGACACUCCAACUAAAGCUACUGCUGUCGCUGUAUCCGAAGUUGUUACUUCCCAUGUAGCCCCACCACGGUCGACCUCCGAACAAUUGGCGUUUGACUCGUAG